UGCAAGUUUAAAAUCAGAUGGCUUUUGAGCAAAGCACUAAAGGAGGUGAACAACAAGGCUAUGCUGACAUCUGGGGGAAGACAGUCCCAAGCCCAGGAAACAAACAGCAAGAGCAAAGGCUCGGAAGGGAAAAUCCCUGGAGUGAUGGAGAAACAGCUUGAAGAGAAGUUAAUUUGGCUUAUUAUCAGUCUCCUUCCACUAGGAGAGCAGCAGGUAAUGAGGUCUGAGAAGUAACGGGAGGUAGCAGACCUUCCAGCCUAGUAGGAUGUUGUAGGUACUUUGGCUUUCUCUAGGAUGAGAUGGGAAGCCAAUGGAGGCGUUUCAGCCAAGGGAGCAACAGAAUCUCAUGGACAAGAUCACUUGCUGCUGGGUUGAGAAGGGAAAGGAGCAGGUGUCGAAGAGGAAACAUCAGUUAGGAGGCCACUGCAAUCAUUCCAGAAAUUACUCAUACCAGAAAUUAAUCAGAGACGUUUGAUGCAUUUACAAAAGCAGUGGUGGGGGGGCGCGGAAUGUGCUUGUAGAAUACAAAAGAGGUAGAGAAACAUUAAACAUUUUUAAUGUUUUAAGUUUCAAGGAAAAGACCAAUUUGGCACCUCCAGGUGACGAUGGGAGUACUGGGGAGCUAGGUUUCCAGAACUUUUUGCUCUUGAGUGACCUAAGACCCUAGCAGAGUUCGGUCAGUGUGAUUAAGAAUGAGCCUCUGUGGGUCUGUUUAGGAUGCUUGCCCCCUCCCAUUUCCUUAACUUACCUGAGUUCCUGUUGGGAAUACAGAUUCGGGGCCCUUCCCACUCUGUAAAUAUGGGAAAAGGUCUAGGAAGUAUAUACUUCUAGCAAUAAUAUGUAGGGUUUCUAUGACUAGGAAAUUUGGGGAACUGUCCCCCGACCGCUCCAUCCGUAACUUCUGCACACCUUUUGGGGUAUGCCGCGGACCUGGAAAGCGUUGCAGGGCGCUCAUGCGGCCCGCAGGUGGCGCCACGUGAUCGCGAACCGCAGAGAGCGCGUACCCUAGGAGUCUCGAGGCGCGAGGAUUGCUGGUCGGCAGCUGUGCCGGGGCCACUGACGCCGCUUACCCCGGCGGAGCGCCGCGCAGGUGGAGUUGGGGAGAGCGGCCGGUGCCCCGGCUUUUUAGGCUGUGUGCAUCUCAAGCCGCCUCUAGUUGGCUUCUCGGGCUUCCGGGGCAGAAGGGCGCGCGGCUUUCUGCCCACGAAUUGAGAACUGGAGAGCCAGUAAGCCGAAGCACCGGGAACCUGCCGCCUUGCGCCGCAGGGCUUUAGUCCAAACCCAGCCGGUCCAGGCUCCGGGAUCUACUACAGGGCCUCCCGGGGAGCGCGGGCCCCCAGGGACGGCUCCUUCCCAUUGGCAGCAGGACGGAUGCCACGCCCCUUUUCCUACGGCUCUCAUCUUUGACUGGCUCUCGAGUCCCAGAUGGCCACGCCCCCUCCCCUCGCACAUACACAAGAGUCACGCGCCUUUCAGUUGGAAACUUGGCGUGCAGACGCGGACGGUGGCUCUCGUCGCCCCACCCACCUACCUUGCCAUUGGUCCGCGGAGCGGCACACGGUCACGCCCCCAUUCCAGCCCCCUGGCUGGGAGGGCGGGCACCCGCUUGUGAUUGGCUGGUCGGCCUGCCUCUCGCGGGAGCAGCCGGCGCUCCUCUCCCUCCCUCUGUUCCCUCCCGCGAGCCUCGGGGUUCCUCAGCUGGCCGAGGUCGAGUCAGUGUCAGUCAGGGAGGCGAACUGCUGAGCACUGGCCGCGGACGCUCCGUUGCAGUCUCGCCCAGGGGCCGGUACCUGCGCUCGCGCUGCCGGGUGGAAAGGAUGAAGCCGCAGCUGGAGCAGCCACCCUAUGAUUGGCUGUGGCGCUUGUGAACCCAAAGUAAAGAUGGCGGGCGGGCAGGCAGCCGCCGCACUGCCCACUUGGAAGAUGGCGGCGCGCCGCAGCCUCAGCGCCCGCGGCCGGGGGGUCCUGCAGGCGGCUGCGGGGCGGCUGCUGCCGUUGCUCCUGCUGAGCUGCUGCUGCGGUGCGGGCGGCUGCGCAGCGGUGGGCGAGAAUGAGGAGACGGUGAUCAUCGGGCUGCGACUGGAGGACACGAACGACGUGUCGUUCAUGGAAGGGGGGGCGCUGAGGGUGAGCGAACGGACCCGGGUCAAGCUGCGGGUGUACGGGCAGAACAUCAAUAACGAGACGUGGUCCCGCAUCGCCUUCACCGAGCACGAGCGGCGGCGCCACAGCCCGGGGGAGCGCGGGCUGGGGGGCCCCGCGCCGCCAGAGCCGGACAGCGGCCCCCAGCGCUGCGGCAUCCGCACCUCAGACAUCAUCAUCUUGCCCCACAUCAUUCUCAACCGCCGCACCUCGGGCAUCAUCGAGAUCGAGAUCAAACCGCUACGCAAGAUGGAGAAGAGCAAAUCCUAUUACCUGUGCACGUCGCUCUCCACGCCCGCCCUGGGCGCCGGCGGCUCGGGGUCCGCGGGUGGCGCCGUCGGGGGCAAGGGCGGCUCGGGGGUGGCCGGGCUGCCGCCGCCCCCGUGGGCCGAGACCACCUGGAUUUACCACGACGGCGAGGACACCAAGAUGAUCGUAGGCGAAGAGAAGAAGUUCCUGCUGCCCUUCUGGCUGCAGGUGAUCUUCAUUUCGCUGCUGCUGUGCCUGUCGGGCAUGUUCAGCGGCCUCAACCUGGGGCUCAUGGCCCUGGACCCGAUGGAGCUGCGCAUCGUGCAGAACUGCGGCACGGAGAAGGAGAAGAAUUACGCCAAGCGCAUCGAGCCGGUGCGCAGGCAGGGCAACUACCUGCUGUGCUCUCUGCUGCUGGGCAACGUGCUGGUCAACACCACGCUCACCAUCCUGCUCGACGACAUCGCCGGCUCGGGCCUCGUGGCCGUGGUGGUCUCCACCAUCGGUAUCGUCAUCUUCGGGGAGAUCGUGCCCCAGGCCAUCUGCUCCCGGCACGGCCUGGCUGUGGGGGCCAACACCAUCUUCCUCACCAAGUUUUUCAUGAUGAUGACCUUCCCCGCUUCCUACCCGGUCAGCAAGCUGCUGGACUGCGUCCUGGGCCAGGAGAUAGGCACCGUCUAUAACCGGGAAAAACUGCUGGAGAUGCUCCGGGUCACCGACCCCUACAACGACCUGGUUAAGGAGGAGCUGAACAUCAUCCAAGGGGCGCUGGAGCUCCGCACCAAGACGGUGGAGGACGUGAUGACCCCACUCCGGGACUGCUUCAUGAUCACCGGCGAAGCCAUCCUGGACUUCAACACCAUGUCUGAGAUCAUGGAGAGCGGCUACACUCGCAUUCCAGUGUUUGAGGGGGAGCGCUCCAAUAUCGUGGACCUGCUGUUUGUCAAAGACUUGGCCUUUGUGGAUCCAGAUGACUGUACCCCCCUGAAAACCAUCACCAAAUUUUAUAACCACCCCUUGCACUUUGUUUUCAAUGACACCAAGUUGGACGCUAUGCUGGAAGAAUUUAAGAAAGGUAAAUCUCACCUGGCUAUCGUGCAGCGGGUAAACAAUGAGGGAGAAGGGGAUCCGUUUUAUGAAGUUCUGGGAAUUGUCACCUUAGAAGAUGUGAUUGAAGAAAUCAUCAAAUCUGAGAUUCUAGAUGAAACAGAUUUAUACACUGACAACAGAACGAAAAAGAAAGUGGCUCACCGGGAGCGAAAGCAAGAUUUUUCUGCCUUUAAGCAGACAGACAGCGAGAUGAAGGUUAAAAUAUCACCACAGCUCCUCCUGGCCAUGCACCGUUUCCUAGCAACAGAAGUAGAAGCAUUUAGCCCAUCCCAGAUGUCAGAGAAGAUCCUUCUAAGGCUGCUAAAGCACCCCAAUGUCAUCCAGGAACUGAAGUAUGAUGAGAAGAACAAGAAAGCCCCCGAAUACUACCUCUACCAGCGCAACAAGCCAGUAGACUACUUCGUUCUCAUUCUGCAGGGACCCUACUUCAGGGACUUCCCCAGCACCCAGAGUCCUGAAUUUUCAACAGCCUUCCUGUGGCCCCACAGAUGGGGAAGUCCUGCUGCCUGUCCCUCUCCUGCCAGGGCCACCGUCCUCCCACUGAUUCCUCUGUGGGGUAGGAAAGCCUCCUGCAGCCCCCAGCGGCCUGUGGGGAAAGUGGAAGUCGAAGCUGGGAAAGAAGGUAUGAAGUUUGAAGCGAGUGCCUUCUCAUACUAUGGCGUGAUGGCCCUGACAGCCUCUCCAGUUCCUUUGUCCCUGUCUCGUACCUUUGUUGUCAGCAGAACAGAGUUGUUAGCAGCAGGUUCUCCAGGUGAAAAUAAGUCCCCUCCUCGCCCAUGUGGCUUGAAUCACUCAGACUCUCUCAGUCGGAGUGACCGGAUUGACGCCGUCACACCAACACUGGGGAGCAGCAAUAACCAGCUCAAUUCUUCACUCCUCCAAGUCUACAUCCCCGAUUACUCGGUGCGAGCCCUUUCGGAUCUGCAGUUUGUUAAGAUCUCAAGACAGCAAUACCAAAAUGCCUUGAUGGCAUCCCGGAUGGACAAAACCCCCCAGUCAUCAGACAGUGAAAACACUAAAAUUGAAUUGACUCUUACGGAGCUGCAUGACGGGUUGCCAGACGAGACAGCCAACCUGCUCAACGAACAGAACUGUGUGACGCACAGUAAGGCCAACCACAGCCUGCACAACGAAGGCGCCAUCUAGGCCGCACUGGCUGCACCCGCCCAGGCCCGCACCCACCCAGUCCCGAGGGCCCAGCCCUGUCUGCCCAUGACUUCACUGGUGUGAGCUUGUCCGCCAUGCUGCACCCUGCAACAUCCUGAGACCAAAGACCUUGUGCCCUUCCCAGCAGCCGCGGAGGAGGACGGUGAGGGGAUUAAUGGAAACGAGAGACGUGAAGUUGGCAGCCGGGGCAUGGCGUUCAAGAUUGUGGAGAUGAAUGGAUUCCGCCCAAAUAGAAUCAUGUUUAUUUUUUCAGCUCUCCCUUUUAUCAUUAUUCACGCUCCUCUGCCCUCGAUUUGCAUGAAGUUGAAAAUUGUUGCGAUUUAUUUUUUCAAGAGAUCAUGUUUUUAAAGUGUCUUCUGCAGAGUUUUAAGUUGUUCUAUCUGAACUCUGCUGCAAUCCCAUGAUGUGACCCUAAUAGGCUGGACUUGCCCCUCCAGUAGCCUUCCUUGGCCCUCCCAGGGAGGGGCACCCUUCCUCUGUGCCCCAGUGGGCAUCACCGUCGAACUCACUGGCUGAAUGAAGAAGACCGUGUUACUGCAGAACCUGCCAAGUCUGUCAUCACUGUGGGGUGUAGCCUGCCUCAGAGGAACCUGCAAUCACCUCUCUGAGCUCAGUGGUAUUUUGAGAAUUUAAUGUUUAACUGUACCCCUUUCCCUCAGGAAGAUUUAACAUUUGCUUGGGAAUGUGAUUUUGCUCCCACCCUAAGGAAUUUUUAUCACCAAAAUGAAUGUUAAUGAAUUUAAAACCCAUGGUUUAUCAUUGGCAAGAGGCAAGUUGACUUCAUCCUGUCAUUCCAGCCUGGGGUCUCCCAGCCAGCCCUCCUCCCCGACCCAGCACCCAAGCUCACAGAGUGUCAUCGCCCACCUCCCUGGGUCCUUGCUCGUUAACCCAAGAUGCUGCUACACAGAUGCCAAAUGGAAAUCUUCCACAGGGCUUUUUCAGUAAACACGUAAUGUGGAGUGCAAGCUCCUCCCCUUCCCACUAGAACAUACGUUAACAGAAAAGGAGUCGAACCUUCUAGCUGCACUCUGUACUGUGUGCCAAGAAGGCAUUUCUAGACCCAUGUUUUUAAAGGAGGGAACUUUGGGGAUUGCCAGCCCCUGCUCCUCCUGCCAGGGAGCCAACUGUCCCUCCUCCCCUGUCCCUGGGCCCAUGGGGCCCGGCAGUGGCUGUGUCCCCUGCCUGAGGGCCUCUGUGCCUCCUGCCUCAGAUGCGGCCCAUGCCAGAGAGGCUGCCUGUACAGCCAGGGUCAGUUUGGCCCCAAACAGGGAUUCAGAAACCAAAUGUGUGUUGUGGCCAUUUUAUGUGUGUCUCUGUCUUAUUUUAAUACCAAAUUCAUCAUGUAGUGAAAUUAUGUCAGGAGGUAUUUGAGUGACUGAAUUCUUAA